AUGCCCAGACCGAAGUACAAGAACGAGACCAAGGGUUUCAGAAGCGAAGGCAAGACUGAAAAGACCAAAGAGCAAGACCGAAAACCAAGACCCAAGACCCCCAAAGACCAAAACUUCAAACCCGCAAGACCCCAAAGAUCAAACCUUCAAGACCCCAGACCCAAGACCCCCAGACCCAAGACCCCAAGACCAAGACCCAAGACCCAAGACCCCAAGACCCAAGACCCAAGACCCAAGACCCCAAGACCCCCAAGGACCCCCAGACCAAAGACCAAGACCCCAACAGACCCCCAGACCCCAAGACCCAAGACCCCGAACCCAGAACCAAGACCAAGACCCCAAGACCCAAGACCCCAAGACCCCAAACCUUCAAACCCAAGACCCCAAGACCCCAAGACCCCAGACCCUAAGGACCCCAAGACCCCAAGACCCAAGACCCCCCGACCCCAGACCCAAGACCCCAAACCCAAGGACCCCCAGCAGAAGACCCCAAGGACCCAAGCAAGACCCCAAGACCCCAAACCCAAGACCCCAAGACCCCAAGACCAAGACCCCCAAGACCCCAAGACCCAGACCCCAAGACCCCAAGACCCAAGACCCCUCCCCAAGACCCCCCAAACCCAAGACCCAAGACCCCAAGACCCCAAGGACCCAAAACUUCAAACCCAACCCCAAGACCCAAGACCCCCAGACCCUAAGACCCCAAGGAACCCCAGACCCCCAGACCCUAAGACCCUAAACCAAGGACCCCAAGACCCCAGAACCCCAAGACUUCCCAAACCCAAGACCCAAACGCAAACCCAAGACCCCCGACCCAAGACCCAAGACCCCCAAAAGAUACCCAAACCAAACCCAAGACCCAAACCCAAGACCCAAACCCAUUCAAGACCCAAGACCCCAAGACCCCAAGAUCCAACCUUCAAGACUUCAAGACCCAAGACCCCAAGACCCCAAGACCCCAAGAUCCCAAACCUUCAAGACCCAAGACCCCAAGACCCCAAGACCCAAGACCCAACCCAGACCCCCAGAACCCCAAGACCCCAAGACCCCCAAAGACCCCAAGACCCCAGACCCCCAGACCCCAAAAUCCCCUCCCCAAUAAAGCUCUCGUCAAUCUCGUCCAAGACCCAAGGACCCCAGACCCCAAAGACCCCAAGACCCAAGACCCAAACCCCAAGACCCAACACUCAACAAGACCCAAGAUCCUCGACCUUCAAUUGA